AUGGCAGGAGAUUCUCGAAUCCUCAUGGACCACAACAUGGAGAUAGGAGUCACACCUGCACAGGUGAAGAAGCUCCCUAAACACUUGCGGGAGGCUCAGAUCUCGACUGAGCGAACUCACCUGAUUUCUGACCCGGCAAAGAAGCCGCGUCAACGCUACGUUCAGAAGGACGGCAAGUGCAACGUUCACCAUGGAAACGUGCAAGAGACCUACCGAUACCUCAGUGACUUGUUCACUACGCUGGUGGACCUACGCUGGCGUCUUAGUCUCUUCAUUUUCACCUUGGUCUAUAUAGUCAACUGGCUUUUCUUUGGCUUUCUGUGGUGGCUGAUAGCGCUCAUCCGUGGGGAUCUGGUGCAUGCUGAUGAGGAGGGCUGGACCCCCUGUGUGGAGAACCUCAACAGUUUUGUCUCGGCCUUCCUCUUCUCCAUUGAAACAGAGACCACCAUUGGGUACGGUUAUCGUGUGAUCACAGAAAAAUGCCCCGAGGGGUAUCAUUCUGGCUUCUGGUGGCAGGCCAUCUUGGGUUCCAUUGUUAACGCCAUGAUGGUGGGCUGCAUGUUUGUCAAGAUCUCACGAGCCAAAACCGCGCCGGAGACCCUCAUGUUCUCGCAGAAGGCUGUCAUAUCGGUGCGAGACAACAAGAUGUGCCUGAUGUUUCGGGUGGGAGAUCUGAGGAACUCUCACAUCGUGGAGGCUUCGAUCCGAGCGAAGCUGAUUCGCUCGCAGCAGACCAAGGAGGGGGAGUUCAUCCCGCUCAACCAGACCGACAUCAACAUCGGCUUCGACACGGGAGACGACCGGCUUUUCCUGGUUUCGCCCCUGAUCAUCUCGCACGAGAUCAACGAGAGGAGCCCAUUCUGGGAGAUGACACUGAAGCAAAUGGAGAAGGAGGAGUUCGAGAUUGUCGUUAUCCUUGAGGGCAUGGUCGAGGCCACAGGGAUGACAUGUCAGGCACGGAGUUCCUACCUGGACACGGAGGUGCUUUGGGGCUACCGCUUCACACCGGUCCUCUCCCUGGAGAAGGGCUUCUACGAGGUCGACUACAACAACUUCCACGACAUCUACGAGACCAACACGCCCACCUGCAGCGCCAAGGAGCUAGCUGCGAAGCUUCGGGACGGGCCGCUAUUGCCUCAGCUUUCGCUCCUCAGCCCCGACCCCAAAACGCACAGUACUUUUGACGCCCUGAACCGCCUGUCCGAACGGGACCCACUCAGCCCAGACGAAGACAAGGAGGAGAGAGAUUCAGGGGGUGACAGAGGAGAGACCAAUGGCUCAGCUGCUGCUCUGGAGGAUCCGCCCCUUGCUGAUGGACUGCCUGACUGA